AUGGGUUGCUGCCAGACCGGACCCCAACUGGCUGUCGGAGACUCUCCGAGUGGCUUCGCGAGCAAUCUGUCGCAUUUGAAGGACAUCGACGCUGUUGUGGCGGUGACGCAGGCCAGUGUGAACGCCACAAUGAUGACAUACCUGUCUAAGGCCCAGCUCCAGAUGCACGAAGUCCUCAAGUGCUACGCCUACAAGCCUGACUCCAAAGGUGAGAUCGUCGAGGUCGACUACAAGACCCUUGUGGAUCAGGCCGGUGGUUCGGACCCCUUCAGCUUGACCGACGGUGCUGACCAAACUGACAAGAACGUGGUCAACUUGGCCAAAGUCGGGUUUGUUGGAGCCUUCAAGGCCAAGGCUGGCUUGCCAAGAGUGCCCCGGGCCAAUCUACCGUCCAUAAUCACUCUGGGCAAGCAUUCGGACAGUGCGGUCUCCUUCAACUUGACGGCCUCGGAAUUUCAGAUCUGUGGCCUCACAUACGCUGGCUUCAACCAGGCUGUCGCGAUCAACAAGAUCCAACCUUCCGGUUCCAGUGCACAAGCCGCAUGGUACUACAACUUCUUGGUGGACCUCACCUUGAACACUAUCAACCCCGACGCCCCCGUCCCGGACGAUGUGCGAGCACGCAUGAAGCAGUUCAUCCACAAGUUUGGCCCGAACUCUUUCAGCAUGCGGAAGCUUUUCCUAGAUCUGGAGACCGCAUCGCUUGUGGCCAACCCAGUGAUAAAAGGUGUCACAGACAAUGCCGCCUUCGGCCCUACAUGGGCGAUGAUGUCUACAAUCUUCACAGGAGUUUACUUCAGCCAAUUGCGCCAGACGGGCAACCCCAUCUUCGGCUACUCCGUCACGUCGAAGGUUGACCCGACGCCGUCCUCUACGGUUGCAUUCCAGUCACUUGCCUAUUCCACAGCAGCAUACCUGGUCGGCGGCCAGGAAACUCAAAGCCCAGCAUCUUGCUUGGCAUACAAUCUCUCCACAAGAGCAACGCCUCCUCGCAUUGAACCCUUUUCAUGGAACUGGGUGGACGCCAAUGACGUGAGCCAAAUAUCAGGAGUCCUUUCAGUGCGAUGCAGCUUUAUAGCAAGCUUCCUCACGCAGCAAGCGGCCGCCCCCACGAGUGACGGGGGACUGAAGACUCACACAUUGUCCUACGUCCACAAUGCCCACGAUGAUUCGAUAGACAGUUUGCACACGGUCAGCAUCUACCUGGAUUUCAACUUUCAGCUUGAUGGAACUAUCGUUAUCAAAGGAACCCAGAUCAUCAUCACCGUGACGGCAAAGUUUUUCAUGGGUUUUCAUCACCAUGAGCUGGGUGUCCACUACACCGACCUCCCAUUGAGGGACUACUACAACAAGACAAAGAUCGUCACACUUGACAUUGCCGUCAGCGAUGACGGCAAACUCAGCGCGACUCAAAGCACUACCACCACCACCAACUCCGCGAAGUGGGACUUCGAUGCUGAGGGGAUUUUGGGUCUUGCUGGCGAGGAGAGCUCUCUGAAUGAUGGCUUGUCCGAUGCUGUGGGCGAUGUGAACAAGAACCUGGAGAAUGUAUUCCAUGAUUUCUCAGAAGUCUUGGCAGGCAACUUCAACCAGUAUCAUCAGUGGGUCUUUCCCGGUGCCGACACCUUUGUCAUGUCUCACGUCUUCUUCUCUGAAACCGGUGACCUGGUGACCCACUUGAGGUAUGCGACCCCAAGCAUGAACGCUUUGGUUGAUGAAGCCAAACUCAUGAUGCAGCCAGCGCCGCCUGUCGCAGAGGAGGCGCUGCAGACAGACGCAGGACUCGGGCUUCUCUUCAUGAUUGGCACGGAGGAGGACUUCAACGUUGUCGUGGAGGAGUCAGGGAAGACCAUGCAUGGCUGGACAGUGCGCAACUUGUCAGAGAAGCUCAUCAAGCAGAGCUUCCCAAAGGGGGGGACUGUGAGCACUUUUGGAGUCUCGCAGGUGGCCGGGAAGGGCACGUCACGGGAGAUCCAUGUCGCAAUGUGCGUCGAAGCAGAGGGCACCUCCAACUUGUACCUGAGUCUCCACAACUCAGAUAUGGACCUUAGUUGGACAAAGGAUAUCCCGUGGCUGCAUGCACCCUUCAACGCAAUGGACAGCUCUGGCAAGCCGGUGCCAGUGCCUCAGCCACUGAGCAUUGCGAACAUCAUGCUGACCCAGGCCUCUGACUGUGAGCACAUUGUUGUGGACAUCCUGCGGAACCAGGAAGCAGCCCGGCCUCUUCUAGAGCGCUACUGGAUAGAUGUGAGCAAGUCGCAGCCUUUGUGGAAGAAGCACCAAAUGGCCGCUGACUGGGAGGCUUCGACCUACCAGUCUACUCUGGGCCGGGCCAGCGGCGACUUCGCGGACGGGAUCUACACCAUGGGCCAGGUGAACCGUGUUGCGCAAUUGGUCUACGCACCCCUCUAUGGCUUCGACCCCCUUGUUCCGCCGCCCGUCUGCCGACUGCGGCUCCCGGAGGAUCUGGUGCCCGAUGCCAUCGCCGCGGCGCGGCACAGCAAUGGGGACAACGACUCCGACUUGUACGUCGCCUCGCACGGAGGCCUUUACUACUUCGCUGCCAGCAACCAGGGCAACGAUGCCGUGGCAACGAAGGUCGUCUCGGAACCCAGUCUCCUGGCCGGCGUUAAGAAGCUCUUUGCGGCAGAGGAGAAAGGUGUCGUCACCGUUUGGGGGCUGAAUGGCAGUAACCAGGUCUUUUACCUCACAUGCAAGACGGACGAGGUUGCGGACUCUGAUGCUUGGAGCGUCCCGCUGCCUAUCCUCACCAGCGUUGAUGCAAUCUCGGCCUAUGUAGAUCGCAAAUUCCUGGCAAACACCUUCUUUGCCCACACGGGCACUAGCUUGAGGAAGUACAUCAAGACGCCUGGCACAGGACUCUGGACAUCGAAGAGCAUCACAUUGCCACCAACGAGCUACAAGCAGGACUCACGAUCCAUUCAGAGCUUCACCACAGAGAUCAAGGUGACAAACCAGACGACCGGCAUGACAGCUGCCAACGUAGCAGUUGAGCUGACUUCGACCACUGUGACUUCGGUAAGUAUCAACCACCUCUACUACCAGGUGGGGCCUCAGCCGGUGACGGUGCAGACAGACCAGGAUGGGACCAUCACCAUCGUGGAGUUGACCAACAGCUUAGUGGCAACUCGCUUUCAUGUUGCCAUUGCGACCAACAUGUUGGGAAUGGGAGGCGUACCUCUACAGGUGCAUCCCAUGCACGCUGCCUUCAAGCGCAACUCUGCACUGAAUAGCAAGGACAAGUUGCGAGAUGCCAAGGUCACGGACAUGCACGGUAAUCAGAAGCCCUGGAUCCCGCCAGACACACCUGAUGACACCCUGGACCAGAUCGCCAAGCUCAACGUAAACUUAGAUGAGGCGAGCAAAGACGUGGGGAAUUCCUUGCCACUGGCGCCUCGCAGGCUUGCGCACACCCGCAGCACAGCGAAGCCGAAGGUGUCAGGGAUAGACCUCGAUCUAAGCUCGGCCGCGAUGGUGGAUAUUGGGGACCUCUUCAAUGCUUUGGCGUCCGCAUUCCAGGUGACGAUCAAGUUUGUUAAGGAUGGGAUGUCAGGUGCUUGGCACGUAUUGGCUAUUAUUGAGGGCAAGAUUUAUGCGGCUUUGAUGGACACCCUCGAAGCGAUCGGUGGCGCUAUUCAAUGGGUCUAUAACCAGAUCAAGAUGGCCAUUGAAUGGGUGAUUAUGUUUUUGGAGCUCCUUUUCAAUUGGCAGGACAUUCUGGUGACACACCGGGUGAUCAAGAAGUUCAUCUUGCUGACUGCCUCGGAGUUCAUCGAUGACUUGGCCUCGGCCAGGGCUGCCACGAAGAAGGCGCUCGAUGACUUCAAGAAGAACAUCGCCGAGUUUACAGGCGUGAAGCAGGGCCUUAAGACGACCAGCGCCGAAGCACUCAAGACUCCAGAUCCCACCGCCAAGCACAGUGCCCCGGGCAACCUGGGUAAGCAUCACUUCAAAGGUAAUGUGACCCGCGCCUCCACGCCCAAGAAAGUGGACUUGGAGGGGGUUCCAUCGGCUUUGCAGUCGCUGGUGAAACUCUGCGAGUCGGCGGAGGAAAGUGUGCAAGGUGCAGCGCAGCGACUCAAGACCCAAGUGCUUGAGGAGUUUAGCCACUUAGACCUCACUACAGUCAUGGAGCGAAUUGCUGGCAUCAUCUCCAUCGCUCUUGUUGACGGCACUGAGGGCAUGAUCUUGGAGCUCUUCACUGUUUGUGAGACCUUUGUCGGCCAGUUGAUGGGCAUGCUGGAUCACACCAUUGACAUUCCUGUCAUCUCUUGGCUCUAUAAGCUCUUAACUGGAGAAGAUCUCUCCCUCCUUGACCUCGCGUGCCUCAUUGCAGCUAUCCCAACAAAUGUCCAUUACAAAGUCCUGAUGGGCCAUGCCCCCUUCUCGACGAGUGAUGCGUGUACGCAGCGCAUGCUGAAUGCAAAGACGGUUCGGGACUGGAACAAUGCGCCUUACGACCAGCAGCCCUUGGAAGGCGCGCUUCGUGAUGACCAGAAGAAGCAGAAGGCGAAACAGGCCUUGUUGCUCGGCGCCGGAGCCAUGCUGGGGAGCGUGAUAAGGCUUUCGUGCGGUUGGAUUCGAAGGGAGAUGAAGAACUGGCCCAUGUUCAGUGACAACGCGGUUAAGCUGAUGGAGUCCUUCAGGUGGGUUGGGAGUAUGCUCGCUUCUGCACCUUCCUUGAAUGUGAACAUGUUUGACAAGGUGCCCGACACGAAAGAGUGGUAUGUUGGCAUGGGCAAGGUCCUCACUGCUUGGGGUAAAGUCCGGGGCUUCGUGCGGAUUUUCUAUGUAACCAGCGAGAACAAGAUGAUUGGCAAAGCGUUUGCCACUCUGUCAAGCACCGAGAACCUUUUGAAGCUCAUCCCCCACAUCGUGACACCAAUCGAGGAAGAGAACGACUGGUCACUCCCCAUCGUUUUUAAGACCUUGGGCAAAGUGUCCAACGACUGCGGCGGCAUGUUGAGUUUACCUCAACAGCUGACACCAUCUCCCGUCAAAGAGGAACUGUUCUUAAUGGAGUGCGUGUUUCGACUGAACUACGGUGACAUGAUGAUUAAGUACCCUUGCAUGUGGUUGGCAGGGUAUUGA